AUGCGCAGUCUUGCUCGUCAUACACUAACAAUCCGAUCCUCAAUUGCGCGUCCAACUGUACGGGCUUCAAUUGUUGCACCACGACUCGUUUUGAGCAACCUGACAAUAACCAGCAUAUCCAAGAAGCAUCAAGGGAAGCUGAUCGCAAAGAUGCCGACAGAAUCUACACAAUCGCAGGCUUGCUGCAACACUCCUGCUGUUGUUAGCGAGGGGUAUUCGCCAAAGGGCGAUUAUAUUACUGUUGAUGGAUUGAAGACAUACGCGACCGGCUCUAAGGACGCGAAGCAGGGUAUCUUGGUCGUCUACGAUAUCUUCGGCUUCUUCAACCAGACUCUCCAAGGUGCCGACAUCCUCGCAUACACGGACAAGGAUCACCAGUAUCAAGUCUUCAUGCCCGACUUCUUCGAGGGCAAGCCAGCUGAUAUCUCUUGGUACCCCCCGGACAACAAGGAGAAGGAGCAGAAGCUUGGCGAGUUCUUCCAGACACAAGCUGCGCCGCCAAAGACACUGCCCAGGAUUCCCAAGAUUGUAGAAGAGCUGGGUAAGAGUCGAGGCAUCGAGAAGUGGGCCGUGGUUGGGUAUUGCUGGGGUGGAAAGAUUGUCAAUCUCUCCUCCACAAAAGACACCCCAUUCAAAGUUGCUGCCGCCUGCCAUCCCGCUAUGGUCGCUGCCGACGACGCACCCGGCAUUACUAUCCCGUACAUCAUGCUGCCUUCGAAAGACGAGAGCAAGGAGGACGUAGAAAAGUGGGAGAAGGGAAUCAAGGUCCCGCACGCUGUUGAGUGGUUCCCGGACCAGGUGCAUGGAUUCAUGGCUGCACGUGGUGAUCUUUCGCAAGAGAAGGUCAAGAAGGAGUACGAGCGCGGGUACAAGCUGGUGUUGGACUUUUUCCACAAGCAUUUGUGA